UAUAUGAAUAGUAUUUCUUUGGACUCUUUCUUCAGACAUUGGGAGAUACGCUGUACUCAGCUCCACACGCUCUUACUUUCCCUUAAAUUAUCUCAAACUUCUCAUCUUUUCUUUAAUUUUUCAAUUACAAGAUCGCAACUUUUUAAAGGCAUGGUAUUAGAUUUACCAAAUACUUUAUGUUAAUUAUUGAUGAUGGAGAAGGUUUCCAAAUCAAAGCCGAGAAGAUCCGUGCUGGUUCUAUGUGACUUUUGCAACUCAAAGCCAGCAGUUUUGUACUGCAUAGCUGACUCUGCAAAGCUCUGCUUGUUCUGUGACCAACGAGUCCACUCUGCCAAUGCUCUGUCUUUCAAGCAUCCUCGUUCACAGAUCUGUGACGGUUGCAAAACCAAACCAGCUUCUUUUCUUUGCUCAAAUGAUAAUCUUAUAUUCUGCCAAGACUGUGAUUGGAAUUCACAUAACAGCAACUGUUCUGUUUCAGCUCUGCACGAGCGUUCUCCUAUUGAAAGGUUCUCAGGUUGUCCUUCAGUGACUGAACUAGCUUCUCUUCUGGGAUUUGAUUUAAAACCAAAAGAUUUGAUGAAUUUGGAUCCAGGGUUUUCUUUAUACGAGCAAGAACUUAUGAAUCUGGAAGAUUUUAUGGUCCCAAAUGAGAAUUCCUCUGUUUCCUCUGCUUUGCUAAGCUCUGUUAAGCUUAACCAUGAGGUGUAUAGACAACUGGUUGAGAUGGGGAAGAGAGAUUUGGUGAGAGUAAGUGGUGAUGGAGCUGAAUUGGGGCCAGGGACGCCGCCUGGUAGAAGUUCUGAGAAGGGGAAUUUAGGGAGUUUUGAAGUGGAAAAUGGGGAUGAUGAAGAACUGCUGCACCAGCGAACCUCGUUUAGCUCUUUGCUAAUGUUGGAAAACAAUGUGGCCUUGAGAAAAACUGAAUAUGUCGCUGAAGGAGAGCUUAUCUGGGACUAUAACUCUUCUUAUCAGGCUUCCAAGAUAUGGGAUUUUCAAUCAGGAAGGUCAAGAGACUAUGAAGAAUCCUGUCCAGAAGAUGCAGGGUGCAUGAAUAGCAUAAGCAGUCGCGGUUUUGUGAUUAAGAACUAUGAUGAGUUUGCUAAGGAAGGUUCCCUAUCAGAAACUAAAGUCUUUCAAGACAUGGACCAGAUGAGCCUCUCCAUGAAAUGUGAGGAUACCUUGUCCAGAAGUAGCCGCUGCAAUCAACCAUUCUCAAGCUACACAGCAACAACUGAAGCAAGUAACCAUGUGCCAGUAGUUGGAUCAUCAUCAGAUUCCAAGGUGGUUGAACCCUUAAAAUGCGAUAGUACCAGAUAUGUCCAGGUCAUGGAACAUCUGGUUCUGGCCGGUGGUGAGUCUAUGAAUGAGGCAAAAGCUAAGAUUGACAUGGAACUGCUGGCGCAAAGCAGAGGCAAUGCCAUGUUGCGGUACCAGGAGAAGAAGAAACAUAGGAGAUAUGACAAGCACAUACGCUAUGAGUCAAGGAAGGCCAGGGCUGAUACUAGAAAGAGAUUCAAAGGUCGCUUUGUGAAGGCAAGUGAAGCUCCAGAUGUUAAGGUGUAAGGGCUGUUUUUUCCUUUUUGGAUAACAUGUAUUCCUUCUGUAGCCCCUGUCUGUAAAUAUUUCUUCCCUUAGUUUGUCUACAGGAUUAUUGUAGCUGUAACCCCCUAUGUCAUAGAGGAAAAAUAUCGUUGCCACAACUUUUGCAUUUCGGUAGCUGUAAGUUAAGAUAUAUGUGUGCAAUUACACAGUUUUUGACUGUAUGCUCCUAUAUUGGAUGGAUAGUUAUUAGUUAUAAAUGCUCAGGAGUAAGCACUAUUGAACGGGUAA